AUGACAUAUGUCGAGUCUAAAUGCUUCGGAAAUUCGCACGCUGACGAUACUAAUUCCGGGGAUGCCAAAAAAUCCCUUGAUGUCGCUAAUAAUAAUAACCAGCCCGAGGAAAAGAGGAAGGAAAUUACUAGAGCUGUGAAAAAUGUUAAUAAAAACAACUUAAUCGAAGUUAUUAUUAACAGCAUUGAUCAAUUUAAUAAAGCACGUAUGAGCACUAAACAAAAAUCCCAGCAAAUUUACGAGAAAUUGAUUUAUAUAGAUUUCUGCAAUCAAGAAAAAAGACGUUGGGCUCCUGAAUGGGAUAAAUUAUGUAAAAUGUAUAGAUGUCUAAUGAUCAACUCGACAAAUGCUACGACAUUACCUACUUAUUACAGGAAUCACGUUAAAAAAACUCUUCCAUUACUAAAGAGUAAUAAUGUUUCUGCGGCGAAAAAAAUUUUUUUGAUAGAGAAAAUCAAAAACUCUAUUAAUGAUCAUCAAGAAAAGACAAAAAAAAACCUCAUCGAUUUUAAUCAAUACCAACAUGAUGUUAUAAAGUUCAGACAGGACAUUGUGAAGUUCAAAGAGGAAGUUACUAUACAUCAGAAAAAAGUAAUUUUACGUGGUUGCUCCAUUAUGCAAAUCUAUAUGUACGCUCAAAACGAAAUUUGUUCAAGCACUAAGGAGACACUCAAGAUGACAUAUGAAUGUAUUGGAAAAGCAUCUGAAAUGGUCGAAGAAUUUAGUGAUUCUAUAGAAAAAAUUUCCGAGAUUAAUCAUAUUCAUUCUGAAGUUUUGAGUGUUAUUAAUAACGAAUUGGAAAGUUUUUUGAAUACUAAAAUCAGACUUAUCAAUGGCAGAAAUAAGCGUAUUUCCUAA